CCUGCCCAUGGCAGGGGAUUGGAACUGGAUGAUCUUAAGGUCCCUUCCAACCCAAACCAUUCUAUGAUUCUAUCUCCCUCCUGAGCCAGGCGAGCAUCCCCCAGUAACCAGUGCCAGCCCCAAACCCUCUGGUAGCACUGGCUGGACCCUCCCCAGCAUCAAACCAUCCCCAAAUUGGUGCCUGGCCUCCGGGACAGGCCUCCCAGCAGCAGCGAGGGCAGAGCCUCCUCCUUGCCACAGCCAGCCCAGGCUCGCAGCACCCGAUGCCCUUCGGCAUCUGCAGGCGGAUGCGUUUCAACCACCCUGAUUUAACUCCCUCUGCAAAUCCGGGCUGGCAAUGGCAAUGCCACACAGGGCCAGCUGCAGGGUGGUGUGCUGGGGAGAUAUCCUAGGAAAUAAACCAUUUAAAGGGAAAAAACAACACAAAAAACCCAAGCAAAACAACCAAACCAAGAUGAACUGACGGGAAUCCGCCGCUCUAACAAAAACUAUCUCCGGUUUACCCAAAGUUUAUCCCUUUGCUGGCGAGUUUGGCAGCGUUGGAGGAAACGGGCUUUGCAGGGGUCCCUGGGGGCUGCGUGGCUGGCUGCUUUCCCAGCCCAGCAUGGAUUGAGGCAGCAGCUCGGUGUGACGGAGGGGCCCAAAAUAGAAACUUUACCGCGAGCGGGGAGGAAUAAUACUUUUCCUGCAGCCGUGCAAUAGCCUUGAGGCUGCUAACGUGGUGAUAAGCGGUUGUUUGCCUGUGCUCCGGAGCAAGCGUGGUUUAUCUCUUCCUCGUUCCAGCCCUGGAGAAAAAAGCCCAGCGAUUCUGCUGCCGUGGGACCACCAGAUGCCCUGCAGUAACCUGUGUCCACACAGAAGGACCUGCCUGCCUUAGCCAGCCCGUCCUCCCAGGCAUCCCGCUAGCGAUGGCCUCAACACCCCAGUGAGGACAACAGCACCAGGAGCGAGUCCUCCAACACCACCACAUCCCUUGGGAGAGCCAUGGAGGCCCCCCAGGACAUGCCUGUGGGGAACCUCAUCGACUUUGACACCGAAACAUCCACCUGCAUCCCUUCGGAGCCCUCUGCCCCCAAUGGCAACGGGCACUUGGGAGACACGGGGGACGUGGCUGGGGAGGAGAGCGAUGCCACCGAGUCAGCAGACAGCGAGAAUGACAUGGGCGACUCCCCCCAGCACUGGGGCAGGUACCACCGCUCCUCCUCCAACGAGUCCUUCUCCUCCAGCCAGAGCACCGAGUCGGCCCGGGAUGAGGAGAUGGCCGAGCGCCGGGAGUUCAUUCGGCACUACGUGGAGAAGAUCUUCACCGGGGGAGAGGAUUUAGACCAAGAAGAGAAGGCCAGGUUUGGUGAGCUCUGCAGCAGCGAGAAUGGGAAGGGCAGAGAGUGGUUUGCAAGAUACGUGAGUGCCCAGCGCUGCAACUCCAAGUGCGUCUCGGAGCAGACCUUCUACCGCCUGAUGCAGUCGUUCGCCCUCGUGUUGUUUGAGUGUCACCAGAUGGAUGAUUUCAGCCCUGCCAAGAACCUCAUGACCAUGUGUUUCACCUACUACUACGUGGGCAAGACCCACACGCUGCCCUUGGAGGCCAAGGAGAAGCCCAUGGGCAGCAUCGACUCGUACCUGAAGUCAGCAAAUAGCUGGCUGGCAGAGAAGAAGGACGUCGCGGAGCGGCUGCUGAAAACCACGUCAGCCAAGACAGAGAAUGUCAAGGGCUUCUUCGGGGGCCUGGAGACCAAACUGAAGGGUCCUACCAGCAAAAAGAGCGACGAAGGUGAGGACAAACCAAAGGAGAAGCUGAAGAAGACGGUUUCUGUGCAGAGCCCAGAAGAGGAGAAGAAAGGAGAGAAGAUCUACCUGUACAUGCACCUCAAGCAGCAGCCGAUCUGGCACAACCUGAGGUUUUGGAAUGCUGCCUUCUUCGAUGCUGUGCACUGCGAGCGCAGGAAGCGGUCCCCCACCACCAGGGAGAAGUGGUGCCACAUGACGCAGGAGGAGCGUGACGACAGCCUCCGCUUCAAUGAGAACAUCACCUUCGGGCAGCUGGGCACCUUCAUUCACAACAUGCUGGCAUUCGGCCUGAACAAGAAGCUCUGCAGCAACUUCCUGAAGAAGCAAGCGACCAUCGGCAACUUGGAUGAAGAGCAAUACAAGCUGCUCAGUGACCACAUUGAGCAGAUGGCUACUGAAUAGCCGCCUGGCCAUCACGCUGCGGUUGGAGCAGGCGGGAAGGGGAGAGAAACCCACCUCUGGGGAUAUACCUGAAAAUGAAGCUGUGCUGCUUUGAAAAGUCACACACACAAGCUGCAAUAAAACCUGCAUGAUCAUCCACCACCCUUUAGCGCUGCACCAAGGCAGCCUGUAGAAGUAGGAGCUAAACAGCACCCCUGCCCUUCGCCAGACCCUCUCGCAUCUGUUUUCAGAGUAGACAGCCCCAAAAGUGUAUUUUGUGAGUAAAAACCAAAACCAAAACCAAACAAAUGCAAAGAGAGAGUGACUGCUGCAGGCUCCAGGUGUGUUUAUGAGAGCUGGAUUGAGUGUCUCCAGCCCCACCAUGAAAUGCUGCCUGUGGUCUUUGGUGUUCCAUAGCACAAUGGCAACAGAGCUGCCAAACGUGUUCACUGCUCGGUGCCUUCCUAAGGCUGCUGUGGAUGGUGGUAAAUCCAGAGGGAUCCAAGGAUGUCAGCACCUGUUGCCUUUCCCCACCGGCAUCCACUGGGUGAGCACCAUGGAGGCUGGAGCUGGAUAUGGGAGGUGAUGGCAGGGACCACAUCCAGCCCCUGGGGCCGUAUCCAGCCACCAAGGGAAGCCAAUUCCCUGGGGAGAGCAGCCUCCAGUUUGACCCAUCUCCCUCUAUAGUGUGGCACUGGGUGUUCUCAGCACAUGGGUUUGUCCGGGCAGUGCAGGAGCCGGCUGCUGAGGAUGGUGAUGGGAUGCAGGAUCUGGGUCAGUCUGGCAACAGGUCAGGUUGUAUCCAGGAUGUCACCACUGCCUGGGAACAUGGGCGGUGUGGGUACAUGUUGGAAGCAGAGAUGAGGCUGGCAAAGUGCUGCUGCCUUCAUCUGUAUAAGGCUCCUUGGGAGCUGGAUGGAAAUCCUUCCCUUGGGACAUCUUCCCUGCACAGCAUAUGUGGUUUUGUACUUGUGGGCAGAGAGAAAACACAGUUUGCUCCAUAUCAUUAGCCUGGAUCAGCAGGAAAAAAGCCGUGGCCUUGGGCAGGAUGCUAGGAUAGAGGAGCAUGUGUGGAAGCAGCUUGGGAGGAGGUAGCAAAAUAGCAGUAAGGCAGAUUUCCUCUGUACCCGCUCCUGCUGCUUCCUCAGCAUCAGGGCUGCUGUGGGCAUUUCCCAAAGUCUCCUGGCUUCCCAAAGCAGCCGUGGUAUGAGAUUAAUAACCCUUUUUUCCCUGGCUGCAUCUCGCUGCCCUCUCCUUCCCCAGCCCCUUUUCUCCAUUGAUCAAACCUGAAAUAGCUCUGUCUUAAGCACAUCUCCUAUUCUGCUCCAGUGAUGGCAGCUACCCGGUAUGCAGUGUAUCUGCUUUUUCCUUAGCACAGUAUUUGCAGAGAGGCUGGGGACAUGGGGACAUCACUGCUCCCCUCUGCAGGGCGCAUCCCUGCUCUGAUGGGACCUGGUCAGCUCAGCCCAUGGGGUCAGUAAACCCCAGAUCCACAUAGCCAAGGGUCCAGCACACAGACUCACCCCCAAAAUACUGUCCUGGAACAUAAGUCCAGGUCUCAAGGGAUCAUCAGUCUGUUUUUCCCCAUGCUGUUGGCUGUAUCGCAUCAGAUAAAUAGCAGAACAGAGUUUUUUCCCUGUUUCUGGUGUCAUUUCCUACCAUCAAAAUGAUGGUUUUGCCUAAGCUGGGCUUCCCUUGCUACUGGGGCUGGGGAUCUGCUCCACGCUGGGUCUCAUAGGAAGGAUUGGACCUAGCACUGUCUUUCCCUUGGCCAUUCCCCAAUGUGGGCAGUGUUAGCAGAGAAUGAUUUUUGUUGGGGCAAGGGGCUGUUGGAAGGGCCUAACAUGCACCUUUCUGGUGGAGAGGAUGUGCUGGUUCAUGGAUAUCGGGAAGCUCAGCACCAGGACCUGCAUCCUGGAGCAUCCCAUCCCUGUGGCAUCCCUGUGUCUACCUCCACUCAGGUCUUUCCCGAAUCCUGCUUUGUUUCGUUAUUAUUAUCUCUUUUUUUCCAACAUGAAAAGAAGUUCAGCAGUGAAGUGUAUAUUAUUUGCAUGUGUAUUUUUCUACCAAAAAGAAUUAAAAUGAAAUAAAAAAUGUCCAUAAACCCUUCCCAGCUGCGUGAAGGAUGGGCUAAGACAGAGCGAGAGGAUGGAAUAAAUUGUCUUAAAAAAUA